GGAAGCCGUGUGUGCAAGCCCCGGGUGCAGUAUCUGCCAUCCAGUGCAAAAAUAUACAAAACUCUAAAAUCACCGUGAGACCACAUACAGCAAACAUGAAUGAUAUUUCCCAAAAGGCUGAGAUUCUGCUUUCUUCAUCUAAACCUGUCCCAAAAACCUAUGUGCCAAAACUUGGCAAGGGUGAUGUAAAGGAUAAGUUUGAAGCCAUGCAGAGAGCCAGGGAAGAAAGAAAUCAAAGGAGAUCUAGAGAUGAAAAACAAAGAAGAAAAGAACAAUAUAUUAGAGAGAGAGAAUGGAACAGGAGAAAGCAGGAGAUUAAAGAAAUGCUUGCUUCUGAUGAUGAGGAAGAGGUAUCUUCGAAAGUAGAAAAGGCUUAUGUCCCAAAGCUAACAGGAACUGUUAAAGGUAGAUUUGCUGAAAUGGAGAAACAAAGACAAGAGGAACAAAGAAAGAGAACGGAGGAGGAACGAAGACGCAGAAUUGAGCAGGAUAUGUUAGAGAAGAGGAAGAUCCAACGUGAAUUAGCAAAAAGGGCUGAGCAGAUUGAGGACAUAAACAAUACGGGAACUGAAUCAGCACGAGAGGAAGGAGACGAUUCACUACUUGUAACAGUGGUACCUGUCAAAUCACACAAAAGUUCUGGAAAGAUGAAGAAUUUUGAGGAUCUAGAGAAAGAACGAGAAGAAAAAGAAAGGGUCAAACAUGAAGAAGAUAAAAGAAUAAGAUAUGAAGAACAACGGCGAUCUCUCAAGGAAGCAAAGAGUCUUUCAUUGGUCAUGGAUGAUGAACUAGAAAGUGAGGCAAAAAAAGAAUCCCUUUCUCCUGGAAAACUGAAACUAACUUUUGAAGAAUUGGAAAGACAAAGACAAGAAAACCGAAGGAGGCAAGCUGAAGAGGAAGCAAGACAACGUUUAGAAGAAGAGAAACGUGCUUUUGAAGAAGCAAGGCGGCAAAUGGUAAAUGAAGAGGAGGAAAACCAAGACACAGAAAAAAUUUUAAAAGGGUACCGCCCUGGUAAACUCAAACUCAGUUUUGAAGAAAUAGAAAGACAAAGGAGAGAAGAUGAAAAAAGGAAGGCAGAAGAAGAAGCCAGGAGGAGAAUAGAGGAAGAAAAGAAGGCAUUUGCUGAAGCAAGGAGAAGCAUGGUAGUAGAUGAUGACUUCCCAGAGAUGUAUAAAACAAUUUCUCAAGAAUCUCUUACACCGGGAAAACUGGAAAUUAAUUUUGAAGAAUUACUAAAACAAAAAAUGGAAGAAGAAAAACGACGAACAGAGGAGGAAAGGAAGCAUAAGCUAGAGAUGGAAAAACAGGAAUUUGAACAACUGAGACAAGAAAUGGGAGAGGAAGAGGAAGAACAUGAAACCUUUGAAUUGAGUAGGGAAUAUGAAGAAUUAAUCAAAUUGAAAAGAAGUGGCUCUAUUCAAGCCAAAAAUCUAAAAAGCAAGUUUGAAAAGAUUGGACAAUUGUCUGAAAAAGAAAUACAGAAAAAAAUAGAAGAAGAACGAGCAAGAAGGAGAGCAACUGACCUCGAAAUUAAAGAGCGAGAAGCAGAAAACUUUCAUGAGGAAGAAGAUGUCGAUGUCAGGCCUGCAAAAAAAAGUGAGGCCCCAUUUACUCAUAAAGUGAACAUGAAAGCUAGAUUUGAACAAAUGGCUAAGGCAAGAGAAGAAGAAGAACAAAGAAGAAUUGAAGAGCAAAAGUUACUACGGAUGCAGUUUGAACAAAAGGAAAUUGAUGCGGCACUACAAAAGAAAAGAGAAGAGGAGGAGGAAGAAGAGGGUGGUAGCAUCAUGAAUGGCUCUACUGUUGAAGAUGAGGAGCAAACGAGAUCAGGAGCUCCGUGGUUCAAGAAGCCUCUAAAAAACACAUCGGUUGUAGACAGUGAGCCAGUUAGAUUUACUGUUAAAGUAACAGGAGAACCCAAACCGGAAAUUACAUGGUGGUUUGAGGGAGAAAUACUGCAGGAUGGAGAAGACUACCAAUAUAUUGAAAGAGGAGAAACUUACUGUCUUUAUUUACCAGAAACUUUCCCAGAAGAUGAAGGAGAGUAUAUGUGUAAAGCAGUCAACAACAAAGGCUCUGCAGCUAGUACCUGUAUUCUUACAAUUGAAAGUAAGAAUUAAUCACUUAAUCUAGAACUUUUAUUCUAUUUAAAUUUUUUUCCUUUAAAAAAAAAAAUCACUUUUCUUCUUCUCUUUUUUAGCUGACGACUACUAGCUCCCCUUCCCUCUCCCUGGAACUUUCUCCCCCCCCCACCCCCGACUUUCUUACUACACCCAUGUUUUCUGUGGCGGGGCCAAAACGGAAACCAGAAGUGCCACUAUGUUGACUUUUUAUUCCUUUUCAUAACAGUCUUCAAAACACAAGCUCAUCUAAGGAAUAACUUCUUCCUUUCCAAAUGAUCACCAGAUUCAUCGCCAUAUUAUGCAGAAGUUAAGGUGUAUCUAAUGGGGUAAAGUGGAAAAUUUACUCAAUUAUUAAAAUACAUUAUUUUGCAUGAAAGAAUGUCAUUUAUGAGCUAUUUUCACCUAAAAUUAGUCCAAGAUAGUAAAGACUUAAUGAAUUUGGAACCUAUCAAUUUGAGUUUUCCUUAAUACAUCAUUUUCCUUGUAGCUUCAAAGUCUUUCUGAAGCAGAGAGGGGAAAGGGGUGCCAAUUCCUUUCAAGGGAAAGGGGGAGCAUGGAGAACAAAAGGAGGACUUUAAAAACAAUUGCCAGAGAAAAUUUAAUGGAAACCACGGCCUACAGAGUUCUGAAUGUUGAGAAUAUUAACAUGUACUUUUCAAAUGUGUGUAAUACAUAUUCAAGCUUAGAAAGCAAAUUUAUGUUGUGACCUUGCCUGAACAAAUUAUCUUUUAGUGAGAAAACUUUGUAUCAGUAGUUUAUGCAGGAGAAAACACUUUUAACAUAAUGAACGAUUUUAAGAUCUAAGAAAAAAAAUGGCACAAUCUUCAAUUUUAAAAUCUGGUCUUCAAGUUUGUAAAUAAUUAACUACCAUGUUCUAGUACCAAGUUGUUUUAUAUUUUAGUUUUCUGGAAGACAAUUUUACAAUGUAAACUCAAUAAAGUAACUUCUGUAUUAAAAAAUAAAGUCAAUAUUUUAGAA